AGAUGAAUCUCCAGAUGGAAAUACUCUCAUGUUAGUGGUUGGUCUGGCAUGUUUGGCUGGUGUCAUCCUCGUGAUAACAGUCGUGGUGAUGGUGCGUCGUGUGCAGACUACCAAACCCCCCCCACCACCUGGGCCUAAUGAGAGUGCCUUAUUGCCUCCACCACCAAUAAAUCAGGGCAAGAUGCAGCCUCCGGCAUCCCAUCAUCCACGUUACGUCCCUGGAAUACACAAUCAGCAGACGGCACCACACGGCCACGCUGUAGGCCCGGAGGGGCCUCUGCUGCAGUACGCAGGUGGGGUGGUGCACCUACCUCCCCAGUCAGCCAUGGCAGGAGGUGGCCAAGGAGCACAACCCAUCAUAGUUUAUCAGGACCCAGCAACAGCCGCCUCCGUUUAUAUUGCACAACGACCACCAGCACCGGCAACAUCCACAGGGAGGCCUGAGUACCAGUAUCAACACUUGGAUGUUAUAUGAUCACGGGACAGACUAGUGUAGUGAGUCGGCAAUGACCCGUGUCUUUGUGUUAAGCAUUGUGCUUACUUGAAAUGGCCCUCAACAGUGAAGGGGUUUGUUCUCAUUAUUUCAGCAAACAGAACACCAGUGAAAGUGCAUAGGAAAGAUUAGAAAAUACAUCAUAGUAGUAAUUAUAUUUUGAACACAUUAACAAGAAUCUGUGAUAAAGAUGAAAGUUACAAAUUAAUAAACUAAAUGUUCUGUGACUUUUUUCGUGUCCUCAAAAUAUUUAUACAGUUUUUUAAAUAAAGUCAAGAACAAAGGUUUUAGCAGCUCUUACCAUUAUUGAAAAAAAAACUCUUAGUCGGUCAUAAAACAGUACAGUAAAGUAGUGUGAUUUUCAGGACAGUUUUAUGCAUGAUGACUUCAGGGGAUGAGUUCCAGAAAACUCCAUAUACCUGUAUAUAUUUUUUUUUCCCGUAUAUCUGGUCAAGCUUAUGAUGCACUUAGUUUAAAGACUAUCAUAAUUAGGGCUGCAAACAGGAACUUGCACAGUUUUUUCCAUGUAGUGUACAAUACAGUAUUCCUUAUUAAGAUAGAAACUGUGUUAAGUACAGUAAUGAAUUUUAGUUUUAUAUCCUUCAAUUAGUUUGUUGAAGUCUAGUCAUAAAACCAUAUUAUCAGUGGUCUUCACACUUCUAUUAUACAUAUGUACAGUUUAUGAUAGAGAUAGAAGUUAUAAGAUGUAUUUACUCAUUCCACGUGUGAGGACGUUUUUAAUAAUUCCACGGAAUAAACUUUGUGACGUAACAUUUGCCAGGGAGACGGUGGGUGUUGACGAGCACAUCCUCAGAUGGUAUUUUUAUAUGUGCCAAAGGAAGUAGCAAAAUAAAUUGUAAAAUAAAAUCCCUAAAAUGUAAGGAUAAAUUACUUGAUAAUCAAAUUUACUUAAUUAAUCAUGAUUGGAGUUAUACAGAUACUUCAAGGAGAGGCAUAUAGGGAAUGCUGAGUGAAGGAGUUGUGUAAAUACUGCCUUGUAAAUAUUUCAUAGCAUGGAAUUGGAAUGACCAGAAUUAUAACACCACAAGCAUUGGUGAAGCUCUGUAUUUAUUGUCCUCUUACACUGUAUAUGAUUUAAUUCACUAGUCUCUCAUACUAUCAUUGUCACAUUGACCUUCAUUUUCACCAGUAGUUUCAUUUUUGGACAAACAGGUAUCCCUCAUUUAACAAUCAUUAACUUGGUGAUAUUUUGGUUUAACGAUAUAAAAUUCUUAACAUCCUUUCUUGUUUAACGAUAGUCACUUUUUGGUUUCGCGAUGUUCAACUCAUUGGGGAUAAUUUUGGAGGGAAGUUGGAAAAAAUGGGGAUUCUGUGCUCCAAAUACACAUCAUUACAAUACUCUAA